AAAAAUCCUAAUUCUAAUUUCCAAGAGAGUAACGAGACUAAAGUCUAAAACACAAAAAAUCUAAAAUAACCUAAGGCUAAGAGGCGACAUCUUCAGCAGCGACGGCGAACCGGCGAACUCCAUCUCCAAUAGGGGCGAACUAUCAGCAACGGCGGGGAAAUACAGUGGUAAACGGCAGCAACCAUCGUCGAACCAACGGCAGCUAGCAGCGGCGAUUAAGGGGACAAUUCUUUUCAGAAGCUGAUGGCUGGAAAAACAGGGUCGACGCCAGCGACCUAUUCACCAUCUCCAGCAACGCACAAGAAGAAGAGAAUCCCCAUUACUGAUGCUGAUUGGGUUCGUCCUGAUAAUCGUGGCUUCUAUCAGUGCCGUCCUGCUUAUCUGAGGACUGGUGCUGUGAGUACUGCUGCAGGAUCAGCAUAUGCAGAGUUUGGAAACACCAAGGUCAUCGUAUCUGUGUUUGGGCCAAGGGAAAGUAAGAAAGCAAUGAUGUACAGUGAUACAGGACGCUUAAAUUGUAAUGUUAGUUACACAAGUUUUUCCACCCCUAAUCGUGGGCAGGGAUCAGACAACAAGGAACUUUCCUCAAUGUUACACAAAGCUUUAGAGGGUGUUAUAAUUCUGGAAUCCUUCCCAAAGACUUGCGUGGAUGUUUUUGCUUUGGUAUUGGAAUCCGGUGGAAGUGAUCUCCCCGUGGUCAUAUCAUGUGCUAGUCUAGCUUUAGCAGAUGCAGGAAUUUUGCUGUAUGACUUGGUUGCCUCAGUUUCGGUAUCUUGUCUUGGAAAGAACCUUGUCAUCGAUCCCAUUUUUGAGGAAGAAAGCUACCAAGAUGGAAGCUUAAUGAUAACUUGUAUGCCUUCGCGUAAUGAGACCACUCAACUGAUUGUAACUGGAGGAUGGUCAACACCAAAGAUUAACGAGGCAAUGGAGCUAUGCCUUGGUGCUUGCUUCAAACUUGGAGAGGUAAUGAGAUCAUGUUUAAAAGAUGCUGUCACUGAUUUAAAAGAAUAGAGCAUCACUACUUUGUGCCUUGACGCAGUGAAGUGUCUAUGCUUGUUUUCGUCAUCUCAAAAAGUGGAAGUUCUUUAAAAUACUUUUAUCUGUACUUCUCC